GUAAACAAAAAGUCGUGAUACAAAAUACAUUUAAUGUGCAUUAUUACAUUAAUAUAUCGUCCCUUGUCUUGCCAUAGUAUUACAUGUAAAUUGAUACAUUGGCUUCUAUCGAUUAAGAUGAUAAAAUCAUCGUUAAAAUUAAUUUGGUUCAUGUCACCAAAUUUUCCAAACAAAAAUGGCUCAUUUAAUGAGCUGUACAAAUUCUCAGAUACAAAUUCUCAGAUACAAAUUGGCAUGAGAAAAAUGAAAUGAAAUUGAACAGAUGAAAGAUUGAAGCUUCCAGUUUACUCGCAUGUGAUUGGAUAAUCUUAUUACGUUUUCUUUCCAACAUAAAUGACAUCACUCUGUUUUUGACCAUCAUCAAAAUGGAUCAUUAAGUUGUGGAACUAUUAGUUUGUCUUUCUACUGUCUAACAUUUAUACAUUGUAUCGAUGUGUCUAACCAAACAAUGAAGCCAAAACAGCCCUGCAAAAACAGCCAUAUCCAAAGUAAACCUUUGUGCAUUCAAUCAUCACUAUUACUAUCAUCAUCAUCAACAUCAUCAUCAUAAUAAACUCCACCAUUACUAAGAACACAUCAACGUAUAGCCAAAUGGAGAUGAAAGAAAGAUAGUUAACAAAAAACAUUGGAAUCGACGUUUAUUUAUUGAAUUAUCAUUGGCAAUUGUAACCUCCAGUUCAACCACAAUUGAUUGAGGAAGCUGCUCAUUUCAAUUGAACACUUUAUCAAUAGAUCUGUUCGUUUUUCUGGUUGUGUCACUCCGACGAUAUGACUACAGACACGAUUCAAAGUAAUUCAUCUAUACAUGGUGAUUCAAUUGAUCCGAUCAUAAGACCAAUUGUUAUCUGUGGUCCUUCUGGUUCUGGAAAAAGUACCCUUCUUCGUCUUCUAAUCAAUGACUACAAAGAAUAUCUUGGGUUCACAGUUUCUCAUACAACAAGAAAGCCUCGUGAAGGAGAGAUUGAUGGCAGAGAAUACCAUUUCACUGAACGAGAGUCAAUGGAAAAAGCAAUCAAAGAUGGCGAAUUUAUCGAGUUUACUGAAUUUUCUGGCAAUCUCUAUGGAACGAGCAAAAAAGCUAUGGAACAAGUCCAAAAAGGUGGUAAAAUCUGUGUUCUAGAUUUGGAAAUCGAAGGUGUAAAGAAUAUGAAAAAAUCGAAUCUCAAGCCACUUUUCGUGUUUGUCAAACCACCAAGUCUUGAAGUUCUUGAACAAAGAUUGCGGGCCCGAGGUACCGAAUCAAUCGAAAAUAUCGACAGGCGCUUGAAAAGAGCCAAAGAAGAUCUGUGUAUGGAAGGAAUCGAAAAUUAUUUUGACUUGAUUAUAAUCAAUGAAGACCUUGACGAAGCUUAUGCUGCACUCAAAAAUUUUAUUCAACCAGCUAUCGAAAUUGUCAAAUCGGCUAGACUCAAUUGAUCUUGAUUGAAAUGGAUAAAUAUUUUAAUAUUUUAAACAAAGUCAAUCAGCUAUUAAAAUUAUUCUCAGGAAUCUCUUCAUAAGAGUAUCAAUUAUCUGUAUGAUCAUAUCAGGUCAAUCAUCUCAAUACCUUGUCCAUGUCACAAUAUUUUAAUUUAAAAUUUAUUAAACCUUCUCACCUCACUUGGAUGAACACAAGUACGACUCUAGAAUCUAUGAACAAAAGUUAACGGGAACAAAAAUAUGGAACUCUCGGAGCAAAACACAAAUCUAUCUUGUCAAUCUUUUAAUUGUUUCUUCACACAGUGAUAUUGCUUUGGAAAUUUUUAUUCCAGCAAUUAACUUCAACAAUGAAAGCUCUAAACCACAAUUAUGUACAUCACAAACUAUAGCUGUAAAAUAGAGCAAAUUAUCAAAGUAAAUGAGUGAUUAAUAUGCUUAGAAAAUAAACUCAAGUUAUCGAUAUUUUGUAUAAAA